CUUGAGCUUUGUGACCAGGCCACAUGUCUGAUCCAUAUUCUAAGAUGGCGGUGCAGCGUAAGUUUAUAGACAAGGGCCUUCUGAAGAACGUCAUUCGACACACUGAUGCUCAUAACAAGAUUCAAGAGGAGAGUGAAAUGUGGAAGCAGUAUGAACUGAUUAACAGUAAAAACAAGACGAGCAAUGCUCCACUGUCAAAUGACUCCAGAAGGUACAUAGGAAAAAUGAGAUGUGAUGAUGAAGAUGGCACUCCACCACCCAGAAGUAGCUAUUGGACACAACAACUCUUUGAUUUUGAAGCAAGUGAUUCUCAAAGAUGGGGACAUGAGGGUUACAGAGAACUCUAUCCAGACGAGUUUGAGAAUGGAGAUAAAAGGAAAAAAGGUCAAAAUUUUGACCGAAAGAAAAGAAAAGAAGAAAAAUGGGGGCAUAGUGGUUUUAAAGAACUCUAUCCAGAGGAUGUGAAUGAAGAACUCUUUCGAGAGAAAGAUGAAAUAUCUACAAUAAAGAAGAGGAAAAAGAGAAAAAGAAUUGACUCAAAGAGCAAAAAACACAAGAAGGUAAAGAGAAAAAAGAAAGAAAGUGACUUGGAUUCAGAAAUAUCAAAUGAAGAAAGUGAAGAUAAUGAUGAAUUGCAAAGGAAACGACAAAGGACUAGUAACGCCAGAAGCCAUGAACACAGUUUGAGAGAGAAACAGCAAAAAUAUGAUAAAAAGAAGAGAAAACGACCAUCAGAUGAAGAAGAUUUGGGGAAAAGUUCAAGGAAAGAGAUAAGAGAACAGAAUAAAAAAGUACAUCACAAGCACAGGUCAAAAGCGGCAAGAAAAGGGAAACACGAAAGAGACAGAUAUAGAGAAAACAGCACUGAAAGUGACUCUGAUGAGUCGAGAUCACACAGAAGGGGAAAAUAUGAACGAAAAAUACACAAGAAAAGAGUUGAAAAAAACCAGGAAACAAAGAAGAAUGAGGGAUCAUUUUGAUUGCAUUGGGGAAAAAAUGUGAACCAAGCAAUUAUCUUGUCAUAAUGAAUAAGAAAAACAAAAUGAGUAAGGAUUGCAUGAUAAUGUUGCGUGACCAAUCGACGACAAGCGUUUCAAGAGGAAGAAUCACUCGCGUCACGUAUGAUUGUUUUUUUGAAAGGAAAAUAUAUCUUCCGACCAAUUUUAUUUUUUUUUUAUUUGGAUCUGCACGUAUUGUCUUUCAAGAAACGUGUCUUUGCCUAAUAAACGAAAACUUUUUCGGUUUCAGUCUUGUUCGA